CACUCCUGCUCCUGCAUGUAACCCAUAUACUCCAUCGAGAGUCCGCGGACCACUAGAUCUUCUCACCUUCCACUGCAGACGAAGCAGCGCAGAGACAGAAUCACACGCCCUUCUCCCUCCUCCGUUAGCCCACGGUGCAGAGGCGAGAGUGACAAGAUGAUAUCGUGGCACGAUUUUUGCUCGGUGCUGACUGCGAUGGUGCCUCUGUACGUGGCCAUGAUCCUGGCGUACGGGUCGGUGCGGUGGUGGCGCAUCUUCACGCCGGACCAGUGCUCCGGCAUCAACCGCUUCGUCGCCAUCUUUGCCGUGCCUCUGCUCUCCUUCCACUUCAUCUCCACCAACGACCCCUACGCCAUGAAUCUCCGCUUCCUGGCCGCGGACACGCUGCAGAAGCUGCUCGUCCUGGCAGGCCUCGCCGUCUGGUCGCGCCUGCCCUCGCGCGGCUGGGCCGGCGCGCCGCUGCUGGACUGGUCCAUCACGCUCUUCUCCCUGUCCACGCUGCCCAACACGCUGGUGAUGGGGAUCCCGCUGCUGAUCGCCAUGUACGGGCCCUACUCCGGCUCCCUCAUGGUGCAGGUCGUCGUGCUCCAGUGCAUCAUCUGGUACACGCUGCUGCUCUUCCUCUUCGAGUUCCGCGCCGCGCGGAUGCUUGUCGCCGAUCAGUUCCCGGACACCGCGGCGGCCAUCGCGUCGCUGCACGUGGACCCGGACGUGGUGUCGCUGGAGGGCGGCCGCGCGGAGACGGAGGCCGAGGUGGCAGAGGACGGGCGGCUGCAUGUCACCGUGCGGCGCUCGUCGGCGUCGCUGCAGUCGCUGAUGGCCGUGACGCCGCGGCCGUCGAACCUGACGGGCGCGGAGAUAUACUCGAUGAGCUUAUCGCGGCAGCACAGCCCGCGAGGCUCCAACUUCGACGACCACGCCGACUUCUUUGCCAUGGUCGACGGCGCGCCGCCCCCGCCGACGCCCGCUGGUGCGCGCGGUUCAAGCUUCAGCACCGCGGAGGUGUACUCCAUGCACUCCUCGCUGGGGCCGACGCCGCGGCAGUCCAACUUCGACGAGAACUCGGCGUCCGCACGGUCGUCGAAACCUGCGGCAGCUGUGGCUGUGCCCAACCAUGACGCCAAGGAGCUCCACAUGUUCGUGUGGAGCUCGAGCGCCUCUCCCGUCUCGGAAGUCAGUGGCCUGCCGGUGUUCACCGGUGGCGCAGGCGUGAACGGCGGCGCGAAGGAAGUCCGCAUGGUUGUCCCCGCCGACCUGCCGCAGAACGGCUCGGCCGGCAAAGAGAAAGAGAAUAACGGCGUAGUCGCAACGGGGGAAGGCGAGGUUUUCAGCUUCACUGGCAGCAAGACUGCGGAGGACGCCGAGGCGGGGGAGGCAGGGGCGCCGGACCAGUUGACGAAGCUGGGGUCCAGCUCCACGGCCAAGCUGCGCGUCAAGGACGUGGACGGAGCGAGCACCGACGGAUACGUGGACUCGGGACGCGCGCGGCCGCACCAGAUGCCGCCGGCGAGCGUGAUGACGCGGCUCAUCCUCAUCAUGGUGUGGCGCAAGCUCAUCCGCAACCCCAACACGUACUCCAGCCUCAUCGGCCUCGCCUGGUCCCUCAUCGCGUUCCGGUGGCACAUCUCCAUGCCAGCGAUCGUGGCCAAGUCCAUCUCCAUCCUCUCGGACGCCGGGCUCGGGAUGGCCAUGUUUAGCUUGGGAUUGUUCAUGGCGCUGCAGCCGAGGGUCAUCGCGUGCGGCUACCGCGCCGCCGCCAUCUCCAUGGCCGUCCGCUUCCUCGCCGGCCCCGCCGUCAUGGCCGCCGCGUCCGUCGCCAUCGGCCUCCGUGGGACGCUCUUGCAAGUCGCAAUUGUUCAGGCGGCUCUACCACAAGGGAUUGUGCCUUUUGUGUUUGCAAAGGAGUAUAAUGUCCACCCAGCCAUCCUGAGCACUGCGGUAAUUUUUGGGAUGCUGAUAGCCCUUCCGAUCACCUUGCUCUACUACAUCGUUCUAGGACUACGAUGAGGAACGCUGCUGCUCGAGGUAGAGCCGGAUCGGACGACACAGAGUUGCAGAGACAUACUCAGUUGUACCCGAGCGUGGCCCAUGCAUGGCUAGAGGCUUGUAAUUUGUAGCCAUGCCAGGCAUGCAGUUUCUGUAGCUUACUUCUAAUCCCUCUGGGGUUUCGAGGAUUAUAUGUAGUCAUGGCCAUACCCUUGAGAGAGAGAUUUGUUGAUAGAGACAAAUGAACCAUAGAUGACGUUCUCUGCAAUGCAGGACAGAAUUAAAUAUCUUGUAGUGAAGACAACUGUUUACUGUGCUAAUGAGUUCAACAGUACAAUCAAUAACAGCCAUCUCUGAGGAAAAAA